GGCCUGUAGCUGUGAAUUUCUCACACUGAAAAUUGGAAAGAAAAAAAAAUUAAAACACAAUAUUUUGCAGGAUGACAAACGAUGGGAUUAAAAAGAAAGGAGGGAAAGCACCAGGUGACAAAAAGUCUUCCAAAAGGAAAGGGAAGAGGAGGGAGACGUAUGCUGUGUAUAUCUAUAAAGUCUUGAAGCAGGUGCAUCCGGACACGGGCAUCUCGAGCAGAGCUAUGAGCAUCAUGAACUCGUUUGUGAACGACGUGUUCGAGCGCAUCGCCACCGAGGCGUCCAGACUGACGCAGUACAACAAGCGCUCGACCAUCACGAGCCGCGAGGUGCAGACCGCCGUGCGCCUGCUGCUGCCGGGGGAACUCGCCAAGCACGCCGUGUCCGAGGGCACCAAAGCCGUCACCAAGUACACUAGCUCCAAAUGAGCCAGGUUUGCCCUGGAUUAGACAGUAUUUGGAAAUAAAAUUGCACAAAUGACA